AGAUGGAAGAACCCGCACGUUUUGUUUUCUUUAAAUGUGAAAAUGUGCAGUACUAAUUUCCUCAUCUCUGGCAAGUCAUGGAGAGCCACAGGAAAAAACCAGGACCAUCUCACUCUCAUCUCCUACUUGUCUUCUUCACCGUCUUGUUCCCAUUCUCACAUGGCCAAGAAACAGAUGCUGUCGGCUAUGGAUAUGUAAUUGAUUCCGUCGCCGUUAAUUUAGCUACCAAGUCGUUGAAUGCUGAUCUUAUCUUAAUCAAGAAUUCCUCUGUUUAUGGAUCUGAUAUUCAAAGUCUCAAUCUUUUAGCCAGCUUUGAGACCAAAGAGCGUCUCAGAAUCAGAAUAACAGAUUCCCAAGCUCAGAGAUGGGAGAUCCCACAAGAAAUAAUUCCCCGCCGAAGUCCCCAACCACAAUAUUUGAAGUUACAAAGAUACCCCGGCGACGAUUCUCCGGUGAAUCACCGAGACCUUCUUGAAAACCAAAUCCUCUCCAGUCCCACCUCCGACCUCGUUUUCACUCUUCACAACACAACCCCUUUUGGCUUCUCUGUGUCCCGCAAAUCCAAUGGUGACGUCCUCUUUGACGCGUCGCCGGACUCGACGGACUCCGGUAGUUUCCUGGUCUUCAAGGAUCAGUAUAUCCAACUCUCCUCUGCACUUCCGGCAGAUAGGUCUUCACUGUAUGGCCUCGGAGAGCACACAAAGAGGACCUUUAAGUUGCAGGCAAAUGAGACGUUGACUUUGUGGAAUGCAGACCUAGCAAGCGCGAAUCUUGACGUGAAUCUUUAUGGGUCUCACCCAUUUUACAUUGACGUCCGAUCAUCGUCUGAUGAUGGCAGGGUACCGGCGGGGAGUAGUCACGGUGUUUUGCUGUUGAAUAGUAACGGGAUGGACAUAGUCUACAGCGGUGACCGGGUAACUUACAAGGUAAUUGGUGGUGUUAUUGACCUGUAUAUUUUCGCCGGAGCAUCGCCGAGUAUGGUGAUAGAGCAGUACACGGAGCUCAUUGGCCGGCCUGCAGCUAUGCCAUACUGGUCUUUCGGAUUUCAUCAAUGUCGAUAUGGGUACAAGAAUGUUUCUGAUCUUGAAGCUGUGGUUGCUGGCUAUGCAAAAGCUAGUAUUCCUCUGGAAGUUAUGUGGACAGAUAUUGAUUACAUGGACGCUUUCAAGGAUUUCACUCUCCAUCCUGUUAACUUUCCUCCAGAUCUUAUGAAAAAAUUUGUCAACCAACUUCAUCAAAAUGCUCAAAAAUACGUUGUUAUUAUCGACCCUGGUAUAAGUGUUAAUGAUUCCUAUGGAACCUAUAAUAGAGGGAUGCAAGCAGAUGUGUAUAUCAAACGGGAUGGUGUUCCUUAUUUAGGAGAAGUUUGGCCUGGACUUGUCUAUUUUCCUGAUUUUUCAAAACCAGACACCACAGCUUUCUGGACAGACGAAAUCAGACAGUUUCGAGAUAUAAUUCCUGUUGAUGGACUUUGGAUCGACAUGAAUGAGUUAUCCAAUUUCAUAACUUCCCCUUCAACUCCAUCAUCCACCCUUGAUGAUCCCCCUUACAAGAUUAACAAUGAAGGAAUCCAACGGCCAAUAAAUAAUAAGACAACACCAGCAACAUGUCUGCAUUUUGGAAAUUUUACAGAGUACGAUGUUCAUAACUUGUAUGGACUGCUAGAAGCUAAAGCAACCCAUGAAGCCUUGUUAGAUAUUACUGGUAGAAGGCCAUUUGUGCUUUCUAGGUCAACUUUUGUAAGUUCCGGUAAGUAUACUGCUCAUUGGACUGGAGACAUUGCCUCCACCUGGGAUGAUUUGGCCAACACCAUCCCUACCAUGUUGAGUUUUGGUCUCUUCGGAAUACCUAUGGUCGGUGCUGAUAUAUGUGGAUUUUCCGGCAAUACAACUGAAGAACUUUGCAGGCGUUGGAUUCAGCUUGGGGCCUUCUAUCCCUUUGCGAGAGAUCACACAGAGAUAAACAGUAUCCCGCAGGAGCUCUAUCUCUGGGAUUCAGUUGCUGCAACAGCCAGGAAGGUGCUAGGACUCCGAUAUCGACUGCUCCCAUACUUUUACACAUUAAUGUACGAGGCACACACCAAGGGAACACCCAUUGCAAGGCCUCUUUUCUUCUCAUUUCCUCAAGACAUCAACACUUACGAAAUCAAUUUCCAGUUUCUGAUCGGCAAGUGUGUACUCGUCUCACCGGCGGUGACUUCAGGAGCAGUGUCUGUCGACGCUUACUUCCCUACAGGAAAUUGGUUUAGCCUGUUUAAUUACUCUGAUUCAAUCAGUGUAAGCUCCGGGAAGUACGUCACUCUCGACGCGCCACCUGAUCAUAUAAAUGUACAUGUCAAGGAAGGUAACAUUUUAGCAAUGCAAGGGGAAGCAAUGACAACAACAGCUGCUCGAAUGACGCCAUUUGAGCUCGUGGUGGUUGUGAGCAGCAAUGGGGAUAGUUCCGGUGAACUGUUCUUGGACGACGGCGAGGAACCGGAGAUGGGAGGAUCACAAGGGAAGUGGGUUUUACUUAGAUUUAACGGUGGACUGCAGAGGAACAAUACUAUCUUUGUCUCAUCGGAAAUUUUGAGUGGAGGAUUGGAUUUGAAUCAGAAAUUGAUAGUGGAUAAAGUAAGUUUCGUAGGGUUGAAGAAGGGCGAGAUAUUGAAGGCACGUAAGCUGAGGAUCACAAAGGGAUCAAUGAGAAAAGGUAGCCCUGUUGUAAAGGUUAGCUUGGACAGCGAUUCACAGUUUAUUACCAUUGAAAUAUCUGGACUUUCUCUUCUUUUAGGAGAAACUUUUAGAUUGGAACUAGACCUGGUGGUGAAAAACUCUAGUUAAGAGGAAAAUGGAUAUGAAUAACUCAAUAACCCAAUUAGGCAACUUUUGUCUUUUGGUCUUAAAUGUUUUCGUAUUGGGAUGGUAAUAAUAUACUUAACUUUUAUGAAUCCCAAAAA